AUCAUCAAUUAUCAUUUGCGGAAGAGUUCAUGGCUCUUGUAGUAGUAUAGAUGCUUCUAUCUCGUGAUGGUGAAUGCAUGAGCUUGAAACGCUGGCUAAUGUGCUUCUUCUUGGCUCUUUCAGCAGCUUGGCUAUGGGGUGGCUAUAUUAAAGGCUGUGGACUUUCAGGAAGAAACCGCUUGUUCCACCCAACUGUCUCGUGUUAAUUCAGCCUGUUUGGCAUUUGCAUUGAUAAUGCCCGCCACGCUUGACAUCAUACCCUUGUACGCCACUCUACUCGACGCUUGCUCCCCCGCCAAAACUCUCCAAAACCUUAAACGCCUUCAUUGCCGGACCAUUAUACUUGGCAUUUCCCACCACGACUUCAUACGGACCAAGCUCGUCUCCUCUUAUGCCUCUUGUGCCCAAUUACACCAUGCCAAUGUGCUCUUCUCCUUCGCCACUCGCCAGCCCACCUUCCUCUUCAACACCCUUAUCAGAGCCCAUGCGUCUCUUGGUUUGUUCUCUCAUUCCCUAUUCAUCUUUCACCAAAUGCUCAUUAUUGGCAAGUCCAUUGACCGCUACACCUUGCCUCCUGUUCUCAAAUCUUGUGCUGGAUUGUCGGCUCUGAGACUUGGCCGCCAGGUACACGGGAUAGUUUUGGUUAAUGGAUUCGCCUUAGAUACGACGAAUUCGAAUGCAUUGAUUACCAUGUAUGCGAAGUGUGGUGAUUUGGUCAAUGCCCGUAAGGUGUUCGAUGAAAUGUCGGUGAGGAAUGAGAUAUCUUGGUCCGCAAUGAUGGCAGGGUAUGGAAUGAAUGGAAUGUUUAAUGAGGUAUUUGAGUUGUUUGAUAGGAUGGUGGAGGUAGGAGAGAGGCCAGAUGGUGUCACUUUUACAGUGCUCCUGACAGCAUGUAGUCAUGGGGGGUUGAUAGAAAGGGGGAAGGAGUAUUUUGAGAUGAUAGAAAAGAGGUUAGGAGUGAGACCAGGGCUAGAGCAUUAUACUUCGAUGGUGGAUAUGGUGGGAAGGGCGGGGCAGGUCGAGGAAGCGGAGAAAUUAAUUUUAGAAAUGGAGGUGGAGCCUGAUGAAGCUUUGUGGGGGGCCUUGUUGGGGGCUUGUAGGAUUCAUGGGAAGGUGGAGGUGGCUGAGAGGGUGGCUGAGAAGGUUUACGAGAAGAGACGUGGUGUUGCAUCUAUGUGAAUCAUUUAAGUUAUUCUUCAUUGUGAAUUUUGUUUAUAUGUCAAGUUGUUUUUAUAUAACUUAUAAAAUUGCAAAAAACGUGUUCCAUCAAAUUAAUGUUCAGAAUCUUCUGGGA